AUGGCCUUUUCCGGCGCUUUUGUGCCAGUUUUAUUGGUUUUCGUGGCGGGACCACUUGUGGCUCAAGCGGUAUGCGCCUUUAAACCAACUUCUCCUCCCUUCGAGACCCACAAUUCUUGCAGUGUCUGAGCUCCGGCGUGUGCGGAUCCUCGUACUGUGCUGCUCCGCCGGCGGUCUCGUGCAAUCAGGCGUCGUGCUCGCCCGGCUACUCGUGCGGUCAGUACGGAUGUGCCCGAAACAGAGCCCGAAGUGCGCUCACCCAAAAAGUCGACGGAAUCUUCAUCGAGGACUCGGCCCGGAGCCUGGAAAAGAUCGAGGAUUCGCGAGAGGAGGUUCCGAGCGCUCUGCCGAAGCUGAAGGUACUCUGACGCGAAAUUGCAGACUUUUGGAGCAACAGUAAUCUAGCCUAGCUUGAAAAUGUGAAAAAAAACGCUUAGGCGUCCAGUUUGGUACCAUUCGACGCAAAAUUUCACGCUGAAUAAAAAAGUCUCUUGGGCGGAAAGCUGAAAAUCAGCGGAAAUUACCAAAAAUCGCAAAAAUCCAUAGAAAAUCUAGUUUUUCGAGUCUUUCGCCAAUUUUUCCUAAUUUCCGAGGAUAGGCCUAAGAGACUUUAUUGUUCAGCGCAAAAUUCUGCAUCGUUUGACGUACACCACUUCAGGUUUUCCAGCAUCAAAAAUUUAGGGUCAAAAGAACAACAUCUUCGGUUUGCGUCGUGAAUCGUCGCGUCAGGCUUCCGCCGAAGUCAUCGAUCUUCAUCGUCCGGCGUACGAAAAUGCCACGUUGCUUCAGUUUACAGUACGUUUCGGCGGAUCGUCGAGAAUUGCGCAAUACCGGAAAUCCGGUCGGCGCAUAAAAUAAUUGCCCGUCACCACUUUUCACUUUCGCUCUCCCUCUCUCUCUUUUCAGAAUCCGAACUUCAUCUUCCGACAGUGUUGCGAACAACGCGGCCUUCCGGACGCCUGCCUCAACAAGUGCCAUUUCAACACGUACACAAAAGACGCGGUAUGCAAGUGCGCUCCAACGCGAAUCGCCAAUUUCUCGUCGAUUUUCAGCUGCAAUCGAUGUAUUUCAAGACGGAUAGAUGUCCACUUGAAGCGGCGGCCGAUAUGCACUUUUGCGCGGCGCAGGGAAGAGAUCACACGCAGGUUUUGUGAAAAUUCGGCUUGACACGGCGACCAAAAGUGUAGAAAGGGGGGCGUGGCCUAAUCGGAGUUUUCUGAAAAUUGUCGCAAUUCCGGCACUUUUCCGAUAUUUAUGUGUUUUAUAUCGACGAAAGAACCCAUUAAUGAGAGAAAAAAUCGAAAUUUUCGUGAAAACGCCGCGUUUGAGACGUUUUUGGCAUAUUUCGCAAUUUCGGAAUUUUCAUACCGGCCGAUGUGGAUAGUUUUGAGACGAAGUGAGUGUCGGAAGUGAUUAAGCACGUUAAUACAAGUAUUUUAAGCGUUGAAACGGCAAAAAGUAUCGGCGAAUGACUGAAAUUCGCGCAUUUUCAGCACAAAACUUGAAAAUCGCAUCAAUUGAUUCAUUUCUGAAUGAAAUCUGCUCGUUUUAAGCUCAAAAAGUGCGCGCAAUGAUUAGUUCAGCAAAGUUAUGCAAUUACAUCGUCGAAAUCGUACAAAAUUUGGGUAAUUUUUUACGAAAAACAGGAAAAAAAUGGGGUUAAAUUUCGAAUUUCGCGCCAAAAUGGUGACAAACCCGUGCACGCUAGGCCACGCCCCUUUCUACGUUUUUUUUUGGUCGCCGUGCUUGAUGGGGCAUUUUACGAUGAACAAAAAACAGAAAACCAGAAAAUUUGAAAAAAAAAACUAAUUUUUCUAACAAAUUUUUUUCAGUGCUGCGCUCGAAACGGAGUGACCACAACGUUGGCCGGCCAAAAAUGUCUCACUUUUUGCGAUCAACGCCCCGACAGGUAAGCGCGCUUCGUUGCGAAUCGGCCGAGUGCAGUAGAGCGAGUUUGUCAGAGUGACGAAGCUGGACUACUCGUACGUGCCGUGCUACGAUCGAUUCGAAAACAUGAAGCAGUGCUUUUACAACGAGAUUCGACAAAAAGCCGAGCAACAGUUCGGAGCCGCCCGUCGGAGAUGA